AUGACAAGCAUCGGAAACAACGCGAACAACGCCGGCGACCCUAGCACAAACAACUCUAGUAGUGGUAACAGCCAUCGAAAACUCAAGGGAGCGGCAGAAGUCGUCCACGGUAUCGGCGAGAACAUCCGCGGCCGGCUCAUGGACGUCGUCGACUCGAGCACGAACAGCGAGGCGGCGCAUCCAGAGGUCGAGGAAGGCGGCCACGAAAUCGAACACGGCAUGGCGCGGCUCACCGGCGGGCCCGGCGUAGAGAACCCUCGCAGGACGCGCGUGUCCGAUGAGACGAGCACGAAAUCAUCCGUGCCCUCGCUGGCGCAAGAAGGAAACGUCCUCGGGCCCGCGAGCGGAGUGCCCACUGGCUUGAAAGCGGGGCCGCAAUAUAGCUCGCCAGGUGCAGCCGACGACAGCGCGGCGCCCGUCCAGGGAGGCCGCAACGACCGCGACUUCCAUCCCGGAUCCGCAGACCGGGCGCAGGAGGGCGGCGGCCCCGCGCCCGAUCGCAACGCGCUAUCGCGAAGCCCCCAGCGGCUCGCCUGA